UCUCAACUCUAUGUAUUUCAUCGUCUGGGAUGAGAUAUGAUAUGAUAUGAAAAUGAAGUGCACAAAGAGAAAAGCUUAGAAAUAUAAAAACAGCGUACAGCUUCCCCCACCGCUGAGAAAUGGUACAACCCAAACAUGGCUGCCCCCAUCCUGCAACGCUUUCUCCUCUCUGCCAGGAUAACGUCAAAAUGUCUGACUCCAUGUUUAAGUGGCAGAAGAUGUCUGCUCUCACCGGCAUACACAGACACCAGGGUGUGGGAGCAAAGAGAACACGACCCCCAAAACCUGGCUAAACUGGCCUCCCUUAUGGACAAGACAUAUGAGAAAAAGUUUCCUGUUAGCUCAUUGACAAUAUCACGGUUUGUAGACAAUAUAUCAUCCAGAGAAGAAAUCGAUCAAGCAGAAUAUUACUUGUAUAAUUUCUUCCUCUUCUGUGUUGUGAGAUUUCGACACAGUCCGAACUGCUGGUAUCUCCGUGAUUGGACCAUUCAUAGUUGGUUUCGACAGUGUCUUAAAUAUGGAGCCAGAGAGAGAGCCCUGUACACACUCAAGAAUAAAGUACAAUUUGGAAUGUUUCCAGAUGAGUUCACAUUUAAUGUCCUCAUUGACUCUUACCUAAAAGAUGAAGACUACAAGGGAGCCAGCUCAGUUGUUGAGGAGGUGAUGCUUCAGGAAGCUUUUGACCUACCCUCAACACAGAUCUUAUCAGUGUUUGCCCUGAGCAAGUAUUUAGCAACCAAACCGGACCUUAGCUGGCAGGAGGAGAGGAACAUCGGAGCAGCUCUUCUACUGGCUGGACUGAAGCAGGAAAAUUCUGUUGGCCUCAGCACUCAGUUACUUGGUCAUGCCCUCAUUGGUAAGGUGGAGAUAACCAGAGGAAUCCAUGCAGUGUUUCACAACCUGCCCUUGAUGUGGACCCCAGGAUAUCUCAGUAAAGGCCUGGUUGUUAUGCAGCAAGUGUGCAAUGAUGCUGGAGAUAUGAAACUAUGCAAGGAAAUUCUUGACUACAUGCAGGUGAUGCUGCAGGAUCUCAUGUCAAUACUUGCUUCUGAAACAGCAGAAGAGAAAGCUGCAGAAAACCAGGCUGUUACCAUAGAUGAAGAUGAUGAUAUUGAAAGAGCCAAACUACCAGAGUACAUGACUCGAUUCAAGGAGCUGAAUGAGCAGCUACACACACAGGGGAAAGUUGAGACUCGCAGCCUGGAUACACUUGUGUCCAUCCUGGCUGAAGAGAAACUGAGGACCUGUGAGGAGCUAGAUGUGGCUCAGUAUGAGAAGAAAGUGGAGGCCUGGGAAGCAGAGCGCAUCCAGCUCAUCCAGAGAGAAGAAAUGAUGAAGCGUAAAGCUGAACAGGAGCAUCUGGCCACAAAAACUUCCCAGGCAGUUCAGUGACACUCGGUUUGGGCAUAUAGAAGGAAAGAAGAGAUCUUGUCAUUUCAUGUUUGUUUUAAGUGGCCACAACCCAAGAGUUUUCUAUUGUUUUCAUUACCCUGUUAAAGUAUAAAUAAAUAAUUUAAAAAAAAAACCCCCACUAAAUUAGGAUUGAUCAGCUCUUUCAUUUAGUGUUUUUCCUCUUCAUUUAUGUUCUAGAUGCAUAAAUUGCUAGCCAGUAAGAAACCGUUCAUGGUGUCCGAUUUUUUUUCUUCGAUGUCUUGGGCAGCUACUCCUUGACCCCUGGAGUCAGCUAAUACCACAGAUAUUUGAUUGAUAUUUAUUUUAAUAGGGGUGAUUCUUUAACUGAGAUGGCUGAGUGUAGUGCAAAUGCAGGCUGCAAGCACCAGAAAACAUUGUACAGUAAUCUCCCAUUUAUAAACGAAAAUCUGCGAUACAUGGACACCACCCCCAAAUGCUUUUUUUUUAUUGUUUAAGCCGUAAAUUACCCUCCCACACUUUAAACACACACACAAAACAUUUGCAAGCAUAUAGCGAGAUGGACUAGAAAUAUCACAUUUAUUGUGAGUACUGUUUGUAUGUAUGUUCCUUGCUAGAAGCCUUAGAAGGUGCAGAGCAUUUGGGCGACAUAAUAGAGCUUGCAGAAAAACCAUAAAAAUAAAAAAAAAAAAGCAUACACAGCAAAAACGAAAGUGAAACGCAAAGAAUUGGGAUGCUGGAGAAUUCUGCUUCCCUUUCCCCAACUGCAUGCAUAGCCAGCAGACAAUCACAACUGUUAUUAAAUUAAUGGGUCAUUCUGAUUGGCCAAACUUGUUUCUCCAGCCAUGCUGUAUUUUGAUUUUCAGCAUACCUGCACCGUGCUUUCCUAAACGCUACAUAUUCUUUUUAAUAUUUUACUUUAUUUUAAUGUCUAUAUUUUGUAAUUAAUAAUUAUAUUUUUAUUAAUAAAUUACCUUAUUUCAACAUAAAAACAAUUCACUAUAAGGUUUGCGGAUACAGAAAUAUACCGGGAAAAUCCACAAAAUAAAUUUAUGUUCCAAGUAAAAAUCUGCAAUAUAUCAGGACCGUGAUAUAGUGGGGGAUUACUGUAUAUUAUUCAAUAUUUACAUGGAAUUAUCACUCUCUCCAUAGCCCAAUAAUCCUCCUUUUUAUAAUUUGCUCAUCAUUUUCCUUACAGGUAAGGAGGUAAAUGUUCUAGAGGUGAGGUUAAGUGUUGCAUUUGGAAUCUGUUGCUGUUAACUUCCAAAGAAGUAUCACAAGCCAUCAUUAGGCUGAAAAAUGAAACAAAUCCAGUAAAUAGAUAGGAAAAACACCUGGUGUGGCCAAACCAACUAUUCCAACUAUUCUUAAAAAGAAAAAACACACCCAUGUGAUCAGGAGAACCUGCUUCACAGCAGCAAGUAGGCGGCAAAGCCUGUGUCAAAGCCAACAAUCAAGAAUGACUUCACUGGAGUAAAUACAGAGGGUUAUAAACUACUGGGAAGCUUUUAAAUCAGGAAGACCAGAUUAUAGUUUGCCAAAAUAUCUGCAAAGCAAAUCCAGUUCUAUUUUAUAGAUUUAGGAGACAAAAUUGAACUGUACCAGAAUGAUGGGAAGAGAAGCGCAUGGCUUCUCUUACAGCAUAGGCAUGUGCGGCUGUUAGUGGAACUGGUUCCAUUGCAUUUGUUGACGAUUGGUAUAGGGGACCACUUAUGAAAAGUGCUGAACUGAUUUGGAUGUAAAUACCCUAAAAUAUGUAUGAACCAGACUAUAUAUAAGGUCAAAAGUAUGGGACUACCUGACCAUGACCCCUUAUGUAGGCCUUCCCCAAACUUUUGCCACAAAGGAGGCAAAUGAAUGCAUAGAACAGUUGUAUCCAAUCUUAUUCAGAAUGGGCCAAUGUGGGUGCAAGUCUUUAUUCCAAUAAUGCAGCAGCCACACCUCAUAGUAUUUUGAAAGCCAAGGUCAACUGAUUAAACGUGUGGGAUCAGGUGUGGCUCCUGUUUGAUUGGAAGGAUAAUCUGCACCCUCACCAGCCCUUUGCGGAUAAGAUAGGAUGCCUGAGAUAGAACAGUAGCAUUACAAUUUCCCUUCACUUAAGUUAAGAAGCCUAGCCCAAACCUGUUUCAGCAUGACAAUGCCCCUGAGCACAAAGUGAUCUCCAUAAUGACAUAGUUUGGUUCAGAAUCACUCAAGUGGCCUGCACAAAGCCCUGACCUCACCGCAGGCCUCCUAACCCAACACCAGUGACUGACCUCACUAAUUCUCUUGGGCUGAAUAGACACAAAAAUCAGCAUUCCAAAGUGGAAAGCAUUCCCAGAAGAUUGAAAACAUUUGACAGUUCUGAAACAUUUGACUCAUUUAGAGUUAAAUGCAUGGUACAAAUUUAUCCAGUGCCUUCAUUGAGAUUUGAAUUAGUUUCAUUGAGAUUGAGAUUUAGUAAAACAUUUGAUUAGAAUGCAUUUUACAUUCUAAUUAGAAAAAAACAGACCUCAAAGCAGAGUGAUCACUACACAGCUAAGAGUCUUAAAGUUUCUUAUCUGGCCAUUAACUGAUCCACACUACAGGUUUGAUUCUUAUUUCAUAUUACUUCUUUACACCCACUUUUCAGAUUAUGGCUAUUUUAUAAAGUAUCAUCUCCAGUAUUCUUAGAAUACUAUGUGGAAAUAAGCAAAGAAGAGCAUAUAAAUUCUCACAAUUUAUAUUAGAAGUAGCCUUCCCUUGAGAGGAUAACCACUGUAUUUCUUCCUUUGAAGUAUAAAGAAGUGGGAGACAUUUGUAAAGGCAUCUCGGGCCACUCCUGCAUGCAGAAUAUUUAACGCUCGUUUACAUUCUUAGGUUGGUGCAUGUAGAUCCUGACCACAAGUUUUAAAUUCUGUUCACUUACAGAGACUGAGAUGGCUAUUGCUUUUGUGUUCCUUCAACCAUUUUACUAUUGACUUGGAGGUUUUAGAGACAAUUAUCAGUUUGUUAAUCUACCACUAUGUCUUAAACACCUACCAGGAACAACAAUAAAGCCUAAACUAUUCUCACCAAACAGUCCUAAAGCAUCAAAGAUUGGCCACACAUUUUUUCUUUGAGUAUGUGCACAUUUCCAUGUAUACAGUCCCCCUUUUUCCACCAGAAAUGCUGAUUGUGUUCAUAUGGCUAGAAAUGUUUUGGUCUCAUUUGACCACAACGGAUGAUUCCAAUUGUAGUUCCAAUGAUGUUUGGUGAAGUUGAGAUGCUACAUUUGUAUGAGGAUGAAAAGUCCUUCUUUUUUUGUAACCCUCCAAAUAGCUUGUUGGUAUGGGGGUGGCAUCUCAAGAUUAAAUUCUUAAAAUUCUUAAACAACUCUAACCUCACCAUAAUAUUCUCAAAUGUUUCUUAUAUAGUCAUCUUUUCUGCAAAUAUGUGCAUAUUUGUCCCAGGCGUAUUAUGAACUGUCCGUGGGGACUCGCAACUUGGAAACAAAAUGAAGAAAAGACCAGAGACCAUUAUAGGGAUGGAUGAAGAGAAGCCAUUUAGGUCAGUAAAAAAAAUAUUUAAGAUUUCCACAUAAUCUGAUUUAUGGUCUAUUAAAUGUGAUGUUUCACAUAUGCUGCAGGAAGUGUGUUUAUACUCAUCUUUUCCCCAGCUGACAGAUUCUAAAUUAGAUGCAAUAUGGGCCUUUUCAUCCAGUAAUCACACUAUGACACAAAACCAGUGUAAGUUUUAACAUUUGUUGUCACUGUAAAUAGUACAUCAUCCUUCAAAAUGAAGCCAUGGUGUGAUUUUGGAUGAAAAAGCGUACAUAGACUCCUGUAACCUUCCUGAUACUGGCAUUAAUGGAAACUGAUGUAGCUUUGUUUGGCAUUUUAGCAAAUAACAGCUAUAUCUGUUCUGUACAGAAUUUCUGUACUUUCUAAAAUAACUUACUGUGAUCAAAAUACUUUAGACAUGUUACUGCAGACAAUGUAGUUACAGUACAGGCAGAUUAUAUCUCAAAACACUUGUGAUUCUACAGUAAUAACACAGUGAAAUAUACAGUAUUAUUUCCUUUUUUCUACUGUUUUGUCACUGUUCUUAUUGUUCAUGUUUCAUAGAUUUUUCUCUCUUCUUUCUUUCUUUCUUUCUUUCUUUCUUUCUUUCUUAAUUUUAUCAAAUUCCUUGUGGUGUUAUAACUUUUUGACUAUAACAUCUGCUGUAUUUAAGAUCUUAAAUGGCAGUAAAGGAGUUAAAGUAUAAUCUUUUCCAGUACAGAAGACACUGUGAAUAAACAACAGGUUUGCUUUCUCAUUGCUGUAUUUAUGCUACACUAUGCCAGAACAAACUGUAGGCUAGAAAAUGCAACCCAGCAUGGACUGCAAUGUCACCACUAUUUUAAAGAUGUUUGUUUUUACAUCUUGGUUAAAACUUGCUGUUUGUACUUCCUUUUUUAAACGUUGCUUACUUGCUGUUGAACUUUUUAAUGUUGCUUUAAUUUCUGAAGGAAGCUUGCUUUGGCAAAGAAAAACACUUGAUUAUUAAUACAGGCCCUUAUGUGACAAAUAUUUUUUAUAGUAGUAUAAUAUACAGUAUGUUUAUCAUCUUCAUCUUCCAUCAUGUUCACAAUAAAAUGCAUAACUUUUCAACUUUAAAUCGUCUGUCCCUGUUUUGCCAUAUCAACUGCAAUGUGUGGCUUCUUAAGAACAGGAAUGUUUUCUCAUACAUGUUGAAAUGUAAUGAAACGUUUCACAUUUCACAACUAUGAUGGGUUGUCAGGAAUAUAACUAUUGUAAUUAUUUUAUGCCAUAUGCACUUGCAAUAAAAGUGUGUAAAUCAUAA